ACCAAGACAGUACCACUCUCCUUGUUCUCACUAUAUUGCAGCAGCUAGGCAUCGCAACUUUGACUACGAGACCAAGAUACCAUGGGAGUUGAGUGUUGAUAGCCUUGUGCUAACUUGGUCGCCCCGUUUUGAGCCUUUCCUAGAUGAGGGGCAGUGGCCAGAAUACAUUGGCCCAAGGUACAUUGCAGAUCCAGGUGCUCGCUGGAACAAACGUGGAACCAGAAAGCGUACGAGGCAUAAGAUGGUCAUGGACCAGAUUUCAGGUAGAACGAGGCGAGGGAGAGCAACCCCGUUUGUUACUGACCCCGAGCAAAAUCAAUGUGGCAAAUGUGGUAGACUUGGACACAACUCGCGUACUUGCCAUUGGCCGCUAAGUCAGGAUGGAGCAGUUCCACCUCCUGGAUCCAUACUACGAGGUGAAGCACCGAGGACGACUCACUGCCGAGGGGGCGGAACUACCCCCGCUUCGACCUCGAACGCAUGACAAGUUCGAGGAGAUGCGGUAUGACGACAGGUACACACCUCUGCUGCAGAGGGCUGGCCUGGAUGUCAUAUCGUAUCAGGUUCGUCGUGGGUUGCCUCCAAUUAACCCCGCGGCGAUCACAGCUUUGGUUGACAGGUGGAGGCCAGAAACUCAUAGUUUCCACCUACCUUGUGGAGAGAUGACUGUUACACUCCAGGACACUCAGAAGAUCCUGGGUUUGAGUGUUAGAGGUCGUCCAGUUAUCGGACACUGCAGGCCCGAUGGUUGGAGGGCCAGAGUUGAGGCCUUCCUUGGAAGACCACUUCCUCCGGAGGCACCGACGCAGCGCACCACUGGGGUACCAAUUGCUUGGCUUAGGCAGAGCUUUGGUAAUUGUCCGGCACAUGCGGACCAGGAGACAGUUGUCUACUACUGUAGAGCUUGGAUCUUGCACCUAUUUGGGUGUGUUCUUUUCCCUGACGCGACAGGGGACACUGCAUCGUGGAUGUACCUCCCGUGCCUCACUGACUGGGACACCACUGGUACUUACAGCUGGGCUUCGGGAGUGCUGGCUUACCUAUACCGUAGCCUUUGUGAGGCGUGUCGUCGGACCGCAAUGGGCAACCCUCGUCACCGUCCGACGUUUGUCCAUCUUUGGGACCAGGCGAAAGUCGCCUUUAGCAGGACUUCACGUGCGUACGUACAGUAUGCCAAUGAGCUCGACACGCUUAGGCCCUCCAUGGUUAAUUGGGAGCCGUACACGGCGAAUGAUGCGCUGCAUCUUGGAGUAAGCAGCAUGUGUAGCGAGGAUGAAGACUUGUACUUGAUGAUCUGCCCUCUGAUUUGCUUCUAUGCUGUUGAGUGGCACCUUCCAAAUCGAGUAGCCCGCCAAUUUGGCUUGUGCCAGCAAUGGCCUGUCCCUCCAUUUGAUACUUCCGUGGAGCUGCACAAGAUUGAUCGUCAGAAGCAAAAGAAGACAGUUGAGUUUGAAACGUUGCAUCGUCAGUACAUAGACGUGUGGGACCAGUUUCAUGACAACCUCUACGAAAAUGAGCAACCACAUACCAACUACAAUUUUCGUGCAUACCUUACUUGGUACCUAGGUGUUACACGAACAAGGUUGAAAAUUCAGUGGACCCAAGCAGAUUAUGCGUACCUUGAAUCAUCUGAGGAUGAGGACACUUCCUAUGACCUAGCAGCACGACAAGGGACACUUAUCGAGGCAGCACCUGUCUUGGACCGAGUGGGCAACGCAAUAAAGCAAUCUGUACUUGACAUCGAACGGUUUCCAAGAACAGGUGUGGACGAGCACACACUAAACAACUUUCUUGGAAGACUAGCACGUAGGCUUAGGCGUGCUGCAGCUCGGUGCGGUUGCGGUACUAGUGCUGCGAUGAAUGUGCAUGUGCCACAGGAACGACAAUGCAACACACCUGUUGUGCAUGGUACAUCUUCUUUGGGAGGAUCUGGAGGACAGAGCUCGUCUCGGCCAACUAUGGACACUUUUCAAAGCGAUGAUGAUGAGGACGAAGAGGGGGUGGCCGAGGAGCGUGACUAUGACGAGCUUGGGUUAUCUCAGCUUCCUGAUGCUCCUUCUACUCAGCCUACGCAGGUUGCAAGAAGGCGACGUCGUUCGCCUUGUAGGUACACUCCAGGCACCGAUGCUCUUGGCCACAAGGGUAAGGGUAAGACUAGGAGGCAGUGAGGAUGACUUCUGUGCUAACACCAUGGUAGCAGCUUAGAAUUGAUGGCAUAACUUCUGUUAUUUUGCAUGUAUCGACACUGUGAACUUUGUGGACUAUUUGUACUAUAUGGGACUGUAUGGUCUCUGUGGACUAUCUGAACUAUCAUUCCUGAU